GCACAGUUUUCUCUACGUCGUAAGUGUUAGAAUGGACGUGCACGCUAGAAAAUUCGAACUGAAAAGUGAAAUACAGUGCGACGAGCAUACCCAAAUUCCCUCCAAGGCGGUGAAGAGGCCCUUCGACGUGGCCUUCCUGAUGCUGCCGGACGAUAAACUCAAGCAGAAACAGAAGCUGGCCAGGUCCUACGACAAGGAGCUCGAGGUAUGUUACAACAACAACGAUGAAGACGAAGAAGUCGAGGUAGAAGAUAACCCUCGUGAGUACAAGCUUCCACAUCAAAAGUUUUUUACACAAAAACAACAAAUCUUCGACGAUCCAGGCCUCGUGAAGCCCAAGCACCUAGACGAGCUGAGGCACAAAUCUCUGUCACCAGCUAGCGACCAGAAAAGUGCCUUCACCAAAGUAAAUCUGUCAAAGGAAUCAAGAUUGUCCCCAAGCUUGAGCGUGAGCCCUGAUCUGAGCUACCAAAACUCCCUGAGCCCAUCACCUCCAAUCAGUAGAAAUUAUCAGAAUUUUCCAGCCAGUCUACUCUCACCCAGCCAGAUGUUCAAGAACCAGCAGUUGGCAUAUCAGAACCAGUUCCUGCAAGAAAACUUCUCCGGUAACGACAACUUCUUUAAGGCUCAGCCCGAGUUGAUUCAACCUAGUUUCGCCAAAAUGCGCCCCAUGUACAGGCCCGAUCUGGGUUACAACUACCAACAGUUAUCCAACCCGGAGAUGCUGAAAAUGGCUCCUCCGGACUUGAGAAAUCCGGCAGCUGCAAUCCUAACCUCUCUCUUGCCGCCUUCCUUGGCAGCUUUGUCUCUGCCGGCUCAGAACAUGUGUGCCAAAUGCAAUAUUUCGUUCAGGAUGACGUCCGAUCUCGUUUAUCACAUGAGAUCCCACCAUAAGAAUGAAACAAGCGAAAUGACGAAGAGGAGAAGGGAAGAUAAGUUGAAAUGUCCCGUUUGUGCAGAAUCGUUCAGAGAGAGGCAUCAUUUGACAAGACAUAUGACGGCGCAUCAGGACAAGGAUGAUGACGAAAAGGUAGUGAAAAAAAGUGGAUUCUAA